AUGAAGCCCACCAUUCCUCAAAGCUUCCCCCUCCUCACCCUCCUCCUCCCCCUAACAACCACCCACCCCACUCUCCAAGACACAACCACCAUCACCCCGGGCCACGCCAUAAUUCUCAACACCUGCGCCUUUCCCAUCUACGCAUGGUCCGUCUCCAGCACAGUCGGCCCCCAAAUUACCAUCCCAGCAGCUCCACCCUCUACCAGCAGCAGCAACAACACCAACGCCAGCACCAAAUACUCCAACUACACGGAACCCUACCACCACGACCCGCAGACCGGCGGGGUGAGCAUCAAGCUCACGACCCUCCGGAAUGGGUUAUAUACGGGUGCGCCACAGACCAUCUUCGCGUAUAACUUUGUUGAAGGGCAGAAUCAGGUGUGGUUUGAUUUGUCGGAUGUUUAUGGGGACCCAUUCAAGGGAAGGAGGGUUGUGUUCGUAGGGAUUGAUCUUUUGUUAAUGUGGUGGGUUGGUCGUGGGGUUAAGAGGUGGAAUAAGGGUCCCAUGGCAGGGUGGGGGGUGUUUGGAUCGGAGAUAGGGGAUAUAGAAAGGGAAGCAGAUACUUGCUGCGAGAGAUAUUUGAAUGAGGAUUUUUGUGGGCAUUGUGUCACGUUCGAGAUGUGGUGGAUGUGA